AUGUUGUUUAGAUCUCAGUCCCGUUUGAUGAGGCUUUCGACCAGACUGUCGUUGAAAUUUGAACGGCAGUCGGUCAGAAAUUUUGGUAGUAGUGCGUAUGCGCGCUCCAUUGGAGGCCAAAGACGCAUGCGCAUCUUGGCAGGCGCUAUUGCUUUAGGGACAACGGCUUUUUCGAUUAACUAUUGGGCUGAUGCUUCCAAGAUAAAAAAUAACGAACUCCGGGAUUCCGCGAAAGCACCGGUUAGCCCUUUCGAAGUGGUCAAGCACGACAAAGAAAAUGACUGCUGGGUUGUGAUCAACCAGUAUGUCUACGACUUGACUGAGUUCAUACCCAUGCAUCCGGGCGGUCAAGCUAUCAUCAAAGCUAAUGCGGGCAAAGACGUGUCUGCCAUUUUCGGUCCACUGCAUGCGCCAGACGUCAUUGAGAAAUAUAUUGCUGAAGAAAAACGUAUCGGGCCACUUGAGGGGCACAUGCAACCCAAUCACGUAUGUACACCUUUAACCCCAGGUGAAACGGCAGACGAUGUUGCUAGAAAGGAAGAAUUGCGCGGCAGACUUCCAGAUCUCGACACUCUUCUCAACUUGUAUGACUUCGAGUACUUGGCCUCUCAAAUACUCACAAAACAAGCAUGGGGAUAUUACUCGUCGGCCGCUGAGGAUGAGUUCACGCACCGUGAAAACCAUGCCGCCUAUCAUCGUAUCUUCUUCAAGCCGAGAGUUUUGGUGAAUGUCAAAGAAAUUGACACAACUACCGAAAUGCUCGGCCAUAAGGUCUCUGUUCCAUUUUAUGUUAGUGCUACGGCGCUUGUCAAGCUUGGGAACCCUGAGGAGGGCGAGAAAGAUAUCGCCCGCGGCUGUGGACAGGGUGAGCUGAAAUGUCCUCAGAUGAUUUCUACGUUUGCUUCUUGUUCGCUGAAAGAAAUCAUUGAGGCUGCUCCCUCUAAGGAUCAAGUUCAAUGGCUUCAGCUAUAUGUUAAUACCGAUCGAAAGGCCACUGAGAAAUUGAUUAAAGAAGCCGAAAAUUUGGGCGUAAAAGGAAUCUUUGUGACCGUCGACGCUCCCUCUCUUGGUCGUCGUGAAAAGGACAUGAAGGUCAAAUUCCAGUCGCCAAGCUCCCCUGCUAACUCUAAAAAGCCUCGGACCGGCUCUUCGCAAGGUGCUUCUCGCGCUUUAUCGACUUUUAUCGACCCUUCUCUGAACUGGGAUGACAUUGCUGAAUUAAAACGGAAAACGAAUUUACCAAUUAUAAUAAAGGGGGUGCAGCGUGUGGAGGAUGUGCUCAAAGCCGCAGAAGUGGGUGUUGACGGCGUUGUAUUGUCUAACCACGGCGGCAGACAGCUUGAUUUCGCUCGUCCGCCUUUAGAGAUUCUUGCAGAAACGAUGCCCGCGUUGAAAGAACGCAAUCUCGAAGACAAGUUUGAAAUCUUCAUCGAUGGAGGAGUGCGUCGCGGUACUGACGUGCUGAAAGCCCUCUGUUUGGGCGCUAAGGGUGUUGGUCUGGGGAGACCAGCCCUCUAUGCGAACAGCACGUAUGGCAAAGACGGUGUCCAGAAAAUGAUCGAGAUGCUAACAGAUGAAAUUGAAUAUGACAUGCGACUUUUGGGCGUAACAUCGAUCAAAGACCUGGGACCUGAUCUUAUCGAUGUGACAAGUUUAUCGAACCGAUCUGUAGAGUUCGCCCGCGACAACCUGUACAAUGCCGUUUAUGAAAAACCAGAGCAUGUUGAGUUUAAUCCAGUUCCUGAAUGA